AUGGCCGGGGUUCCGGGAUGCUCCCUUCCCACUUCUACGGAGGAUCUUAGUCCUGAGGAAGUGGCUCUACAAGAUGAAAUAGCCUCAUUAAAGGCCCAGUUGGAGGCUGCACGAAAGGAGGUCGCAGAUACGGAUUUUUACACAAUGACAAAGGAGGUUGUUGAGUUAGGUCGAUUGAAGUUCAAAUUCCGCAAGACCCUCCGAGGUCAUAUAGCAAAAGUGGCUUCAGUUAGAUGGGCUUCCGAUAGUCAACUAAUCCUAUCUGCAGGGCAGGAUGGAAAGCUCAUUGUUUGGGAUGGUCAUACCGCAAACAAAGUGCGCAUGAUUCCCCUCAAAACUGCGUGGGUGCUGGGAUGUGCCAUCUCACCCAGUAUGCAUCAAGUUGUGAGUGGUGGUCUGGAUAACCUCAUUGCCGUUUUCAGCUUGAAUUCGCCCGAAGGUACCCCUGCACAACUCAUUCAAGAACUUUCUGGCCACAAUGGAUAUAUUUCCAGCUUGGAUUAUAUUGAUGAAACAAAAUUACUGAGCGCAUCUGGUGACAAAACUCUUGGGCUGUGGGACAUGGAGAAAGGAGAGUUAGUCUCUACAUUCUCCGGACACACAAACGACGUGAACAGUGUGCGCGUAUGUCGUACCAACAAAAAUCUCGCCGUGUCCGUUUCUUCCGACUACACCUGCCGCACGUGGGACAUCAGGUGUGCAAAAAGCACUCAGCUCUUUGAAGGCCACGAGCAAGAUGUCAACGGCGUGGACAUAUUCCCCAGUGGGCAGGCGUUUGCAACCUCAUCAGACGACACCUCGUGUCGCUUGUGGGACAUCCGCUCCGAUCAGGCUGUUGCCGCCUAUGUGGACGAGUUUAUCCAGUGUGGCAGUACUUGCGUGGCCCUCUCCCGUUCCGGUCGUGUUCUGAUAGCCGGCUACGACGACUUCAACUGUCACGUGUGGGAUGUGCUCAGGGAAGAGCGGGUUGGCAUCAUGUCGGCACACGACGCGCGUGUCUCCUCUCUCUCCGUGAAUGAGGUGGGAAACGCAAUCGUAACGGGCUCCUGGGAUUCACUGUGCUAUGUUUGGACAGCUAAAUGA